UAACUGACUACACAGUGAAAUGUCCACUUUCAAACCUGUUUCCGUAUUUUGCAUACUCUGCAUUAACGUGAACAUAUGCCAUUCAGUAAUACGAACAUUCGAAGUAGAACAAAUCUUUUACAAUAAGGUCGUGUUGGAUAAUAUUCUAGCAGAAUACCGCCAUUCAACGUCUGCUCUAUGUUCUGUUGUUUGUCAGCAAGAAAACUGUGAGUGUUUUGGUUUCAACUCAAUAUAUCAAAUGUGCCGAGUCCAUGUCUUUUGUAGACCAGAUAAUACAUUGGUUGAAGAAUCGGGAUGGAAAUAUUACAGAUCUAAAACAAAGUGGAAUACUUUCAUGAACUCUGAGUACUUGCUUGGAUUAGAAGCUGUAUCGUGGAGUACUGCUCAAUUGGAUUGUAUUGCAAAAGGAUCUAAAUUAGUCGAAGUUGAAUCCCCUGAAGAAGACGCCUUCAUUCGAACUCUGGCAAUUAAUUUGACAGAAAGUGUUUGGCUGGGAGGUACAGACAAGGAUGAUGAAGCAAAAUGGGUGUGGCAUUCUACUAACCUCAUCUUCUCAUACAGCGCCUGGUAUGGAGGACAACCGAAUAACUACCAGAACCAGGACUGUCUCAGCCUUUAUCGACCAUACGGCCUAACUUGGUGUGACGAGAGUUGUGAAGCAAGUAAUCAAUACAUCUGCAAAAGAGAGACAUUUAGAAACACGUGACACAGUUGUAUCUAUUUGUUGAAAAAUAGAGUUUUGCUGAGUAUGUUUCCGAAUUUACAUUCUUAUUUAUUUGAAGUGUUUUUGUUACCGGUCACAACAGUUAUAAAUUAUUUAUACAUUAAGGAAAAAACACCAAGUUAAAACAUGCACGUGAUCAAAUCCUGUGAAGACCGAAGAGCCUCUCAGAAGAUUUGAUCACGCACCAACCAAGUUCAUAUACUUAUGAACUUUUUAUUGUUGUUUAUUACUUCCACUUACAUUUGAAAAAGGCAAAUUAGUGGGAAUUGUUAAAAUUACCUAGAUGACCGAGAUUGUGUAGUCUACAAUAACCCAACUGACAAGCGAUA